GGGUAGUGGAUCAUCAAUCAGUUAUCAGCCUUCUCAAGAAGCAAACCAAUCCAAUAAAAUCAACAUGUUCAAAUACGCCGUUGUUGUCCUUGCCAUCGUUGCCUGUGCUGCUGCCAAGCCAGGACUACUGGGAGCUCCUCUGGCCUACUCCGCUCCUCUGGCUUACGCAGCACCUGCCGCUGUGGUUGCUGCUCCUGCCCCAGUUGUGACUGCGACCAGCAGUCAGGUGAUCGCCAGGAACUACAAUGGAAUCGCAGCUGCCCCAGUUAUUGCCCCAGUGGCAGCUCCCGUGAUCGCCAAGUACGCCGCUGCUCCGAUUGCUGCUCCUCUGGCAACUCCUUUGGCUGCCCCCAUCGCAGCUCCAGUGAUUGCCAAGUACGCUGCUGCUCCUGUGGCGACUCCUCUGGCUGCUCCUGUCAUUGCGAAGUACGCUGUUUCACCCUUGGCAGCUCCCUUGAGUUAUUCCGCUCCCCUUCUUGUUUAAGGGUGGCCUGUGAUAAUAAAUACUAAAUAAUGCGAAAA